UAUUGUGUGGUAACAAAACUAAUCAGUGAGGAAUAUCACAAAAUUUAUUGAAGCAGUGUAAUAUAAUGUAUGCGUAAGCAACAUAUUUUAAGUCCAGUGAUACCUAUUCAUGAUUAAAACAAACUGGUGUACAGUACAGGAAAGUUGAUGAUAGAAAGGAGGAAGUGAAAAUAAUAGAAAGUUGGAAGUACAUACCAGUGGAUGCCUGUGUUAUAAGGCAGACCUAAAUGGACUCAGUUGGGCAUGUUUGAACUUCCAGUUCACUGAAAAUAAUAAUUAUGGGCCUGAUGCUAGGAAAACAGGCCAUAAUGCAUACCAUGGAAUCAGACUUGGACAUCUGUGUAUGCAACCCCUGUACAGACAAGUUUACAACCUAUGAAAUUCUCAUCAAGACAAGCAAUCCAGCCUUCACUCUGCGGAAGUCUCGUACUAGACGAAGAUACAACGACUUCUGCUGGCUGAAAAACAUUCUCAAGUCACACCACCCUGUAUGUCUAUGUCCAGAACUGCCGGAGAAGAAUAACUCCUCUGAGAGAUUUGAGCCGCAGUUUGUGGUAGAUAGGAUGACUAAGCUGGGAGAAUGGCUGAGCAGUAUAGUGAACAUCAGCCUGUACCUGUCUGACUCGGCCCUUCACCUGUUCCUGCAGACCACCUUGACCUGCAACCAGAUUGACCUCUACCUCAAGGGCAGCCUGGCAGAGGAGGACGUUGCCAAGGGAUACAGGUCGGCCAUGAUGAAGAAAAGUGAUAGCACCACUUCCAGCCCAAGGCAUUCAGGUGACCCCACAGAACUAGACCAGUCCACAAACCCAGAGUCUGCCAGACAUCAAGCAGACCAGUCUACAAAUGCAGAUUUAAUCAGUCAUCAACCAGUCCCUGAGGCCUCAGAAUCUGCAGAAAACCAGUCCAUAUCUCAGAAUGGAGACAUCACUUUAAACCAUGAGUCAGCAGAAAACCAGUCCAUAUCUCAAAAUGGCGAAAUCCCUUUAAACCAUGACUCAGCACAAAACCAGUCCAUAUCUCAAAAUGGCGACGUUACUUUAGACCAUGAGUCAGCAGAAAACCAGACCAUAUCUCAAAAUGGCGACAUCCCUUUAAACCAUGAGUCAGCAGAAAGCCAGUCCAUAUCUCAAAAUGGCGACGUCACUUUAGACCAUGAGUCAGCAAAAAACCAGUCCAUAUCUCAAAAUGGAGACAUCACUGUUAACCAUGGCUCUGAUUUAGAACUCUCCCUGUCUAUUGAGUCCUCUGAAGACUCGAGUAUAUCGAGUUCUGCUGACUUGGAAACUUUCGCUUCCAAUUAUCCACAGGUGACGGAGGUGCAGACAGAUGUUAAUAAAUGUGGGGCUGACUCAACCUCAACUUGUGUACAGGAUACAGACAGUGCGGUGUUUUCUGGUGAAGGAAGCAUCAGUGAAGAAAACAAAGCAAAAAGUAAAGUGGACAAAGGUGUUAUAUUUUCAAUAAAUUAAUUAAUGAAACUUUUUGGAUGAACAUACAUUUCCUCUUUUCUGUGCUCUUUUUUGUGAAGUGAAUUAUUUCACAUGCAAGGUUGAAUUUUUGUUUGAUGUAGUCCUAAUUUGAACAAGGUAAAAAAAUAGUGGAUAAUUAAAUGCAUUUUGAAAAAAAUACUUUUAUUAACUUUAAAGUAUUAAAAUUGCAUAGUUAUUUUAACAGGGAGAGGAUAAGCAUUCACACUUGUAUAAACGAAAUGCCAUAUCAUUCCUGUAGUAAUAACAUAGGCUUUAGAUUUUUAGUUUUGUCCUGCUUAACCCUGUACCACUUAAAUACAUAUUUUGAUGCAUUUGUAGUCCCUUACAAAGUUAUAUUUAAUUGAAGACCUUUCUUACAAGAUUCAAAUUUGAAAGGCUUCAUUUCCAAUCCUUACAUACGGAUUAGCAGCAAACAACAUAAAACCUGAACACACUGCAAGUUACUCGCAGGCUGUUCUGGUUUUAUGCUGUUUGCACAUGUUAAUUUUCCCUUUGCCGCUGACUUGGAAAAGGUUAAUGCAUGAAUUUGUUCGGUUACAUUUUGUAUUGUAAUUGCUAAUGCAUAAUUUAGGCUAUUAAAUCAAAAUAAAUAAACAUUUGAGGUGGGCUCUAGGAAAACUGGGCUUAAUGCAUGUGCGUAAAUUGUUGUCCCAGAAUAGCCUGUGCAGUCUAAACUGGAUUUCUGUUAAGCAGAAACUUUCUUUAUACUUUCCCUGCACAUUCUGAAAGUGUUGUCCUUGAUUAGUCUGCGCCAAUCAGGGAUGAAUCUGCGUAAAUGCAUUAAGCCCUGUUUUCCCAGAGAAUGGCCCAUAAAACGUAUGAAGGUUGAAGUAAAAAACAAAAAAGAAAUUGAAUAUUCUUCUGUAAGCAAUAAUGUUGUUUCAAAGGUUGACUUGAUAUAGGUGAUCAGGCUAGGGCUCUGCAAUAUAUGAAGUGUGUGAUUGUAUGGUAGACCUUUCAUGUUUGCAAUAUAUGAAGUGUGUGAUUGUAUGGUAGACCUUUCAUGUUUGCAAUAUAUGAAGUGUGUGAUUGUAUGGUAGAUCUUUCUUGUUUGCAAUAUAUGAAGUGUGUGAUUGUAUGGUAGACCUUUCCUGUUUGCAAUAUAUGAAGUGUGUGAUUGUAUGGUAGACCUUUCAUGUUUACAUUUUUUUGUCAAACAAGUAAAUAUCAGCCUAUUGGUGCAAAAAGGUACCAUGUGUAAUUAAAAUUUAAUGGCACAUGGCACCUUUUUGCACCAACGGGGCAAUAUAUUAUUGCAUCAUUUAGUGAUAAUAGGCAAUGCAAAUUUAUGUUUUCUGCUUGAUUCCAUGUUCUUAUAGUCAUUAAUGUUUUCACUGCUUUGGACAUUAUCUGGGUACUCAUUGAAUGAGGACUUUUGCAUCAUGAAAGUUGACUUGUAUUUAAACAUUUUAAGAAAAUUGUUUAUUGUUGAAUAAUUUUUAGUGCUUUUAUAUUUGUGUAAUUUGUUAUUGUUAUUGUGUUUGUCCAGUUAUGGUAUGAUUUCAUCAUUUAAAUACUUUCUAUGUAAUAAAAACAUUAUAAUAAAUAUAUUUUUUUAGUAUUGGUCAUUCAUUUGGGGAAUUUAAGCCAUGUUUGUUUUGUUAAGGGGUCUUUUUCCUGUCCAGGCUAAAUAUGAAAAUAAUUUAUGACCAAAAAUGGAUAGCACAAUUUAUUAUACACUAAUCUUCAUGCCUUUUGUUUAUCUUGAAACUUCACCGACAUUUCUUUGGUUGAGUUCUCAGUAGAUUUGACUUGGUAAGGUUGGUAAUGAAAACAAAAUGCGGACAGUUGAAAACAAUAACUUUACCAAGCCCUCUUUUGAAGACUUGCCAGCAGUAGGUUGGUAAUGAAAACAAAAUGAGGACAGUUGGAAUCAAUAACCUUAUUGAAAGAAUAUAAUAUAUUAUGCAGUUUGGGUCAACAAUAGCUCUACACACUAAAGUUAAAAAUUGAUAUGACUUAAGGUACAACAAUUUGCCAGCAUGCACACCUUUAUAUCUACAGGAGAACAUUUGUUCCUACAGGUAUAACUUAUUCUGGUUCGCAUAUAGCUUUGAAAAUUACUUUGUAUCCAAUAUGAGAAAUGAGGCUACUAUCUUUUUAUGCCCCCCUUCGAAGAAGAGGGGGUAUAUUGUUUUGCACAUGUCGGCCGGUCGGUUCGUCCACCAGAUAGUUUCUGUAUGAUAACUCAAGAAUGCUUAGGCCUAGGAUCAUGAAACUUUAUAGGUACAUUGAUCAUGACUGGCAGAUAACCCCUAUUGAUUUUCAGGUCACUAGGUCAAAGGUCAAGGUCACAAUAACUCGAAAAAGUAAAAUGGUUUCCGGAUGAUAACUCAAGAAUGCUUAGGCCUAGGAUCAUGAAACUUCAUAGGUACAUUGAUCAUGACUGGCAGAUGACCCCUAUCUAUUUUCAGGUCACUAGGUCAAAGGUCAAGGUCACAGUGACUCCAAACAGUAAAAUGGUUUCUGGAUAAUAACUCAAGAAUGCUUACGCCUAGGAUCAUGAAACUUCAUAGGUACAUUGAUAAUGAAUGGCAGAUGACCCCUAUUGAUUUUCAGGUCACAUGGUCAAAGGUCAAGGUCACAGUGACUCGAAAUAGUAAAAUGGUUUCCGGAUGAUAACUCAAGAAUGUUUACGCCUAGGAUCAUGAAACUUCAUAGGUACAUUGAUCAUAACUGGCAGAUGACCCCUUAUAAUUUUCAGGUCACUAGGUCAAAGGUCAAGGUCACAAUGACUCGAAACAUUAAAAUGGUUUCCUGAUGAUUACUCAAGAAUAAUUAGGCCUAGGAUCAUGAAACUUCAUAGGUACAUUGAUCAUGACUGGCAGAUGACCCCUAUUGAUUUUCAGGUCACUAGGUCAAAGGUCAAGGUCACAGUGACAAAAAACGUAAUCACACAAUGGCUGCCACUACAACUGACAGCCCAUAUGGGGGGCAUGCAUGUUUUACAAACAGCCCUUGUUAGCAAUUUUGCCUUAUCUUUUCUCACAAUUAACAAACAACUUCUGUGAAGAAAACAAUAAAGAGUUUACCCAUUAUAACCCAGUCAAGGUACCCUUAAGUGUGAAUAUAUACCAACAGACACAAAUUAACCUACAGACUGAAAUUGCACCUGUGGAUAUGUUUGUAAAUGUGCCUGUGGACCAAAAUAUAUGCAUGUAGGCACAUAAUUUGACUGAUUUGCCAUUUCUUUGACUUAAAAUACUGCCCAUCAUGACGUUUGCUAUUCUAUAAAUAACUUUUAAUAAUCUUUAUCUCUGUUUGACUACACUUUAUCAAUUUGAUAUGCUAGUUUGCUAUUAAAGAGACAUGACAGUGGUGCUUUAUGUGAAAAACAUGCUAUGAAGGGGGUUGGAUGCAUCGAAAUUGUUGAAAUGUCUAUGUAUGAUUAUUGCUAACAUCUAUUUUUUCAAACAAAUGUACAAUGGAGCGUAUUUCAUGGUUCACAUGAUGAAAUACUUAUCAUUUAGCCUGGGGUGGUAUUCCAGAAACAUCUUAAGUCAUUUCUUAAAUAUUUUCAAUGUUUUGUAUUUCUUAACUCAAUAAAGACAUGCAUGUUUUUUGGUUUUCCUCAAAUAACAUUGAUAUAAUGGUGUUAUUUUGAUGUAAUUUUCGAUGCUUAACUAUUGCAGUAUGAAAUAAAACACUUAAGAAAAAAUCACAAUUUAAGGAUAAAGAUACAAUUUAACUUAAGAUGCUUCUGGAAUACCACCCCUGGAAAACUGGGCUUAAUGCAUGUUCUUAAAGUGUUGUCCCAAUUAAGCAUUUUCAGUCAUCACAGGCUAAUCAGGGACGACACUAUAUUUGUAAUUUCGGUAUUAAGGAAGUCACUACACAGAAAAAAUCCACUAUAUGCGGAAAGUUUUGCCCCUGAAUCGCCAGUGCGGACUGGGUCAACCCUUUACGCACAUGAAUUAAGCCCCGUUUUCCCAGAACAAGGCUAAAAUACACCUAAUAAUGAAUGAAUAUUAACAUAAAUAUACCUUGAGGAUGGAUGCAUUAAGAUAAUUGAUUUUGACCGGUGUAUAUUUUGGCAAUAUAAACGAAGACCAUGUAUAUGUAAUUAAUUUGUUUGUAUCACUUUUUAUCAUGUUGGUGCUUGGUUAAUACAUGUUUAUGACCCAUUGAAUUUGUUAAUUUUUUUGUGCUAUUUUAUAUAGAUUUAUUUUCACUCAUCAAAGUAUUUUAUUUACUAUUUUUACAAGCAAGAAUUAUAACAAAUAAUUCAAAUAGAAACUUUAUUUUGUUUCUUGAUUUUCUCUUUGCAAAUAAAUAUUGAAACUC